CACGCAGCGUGGCGAUCGGUGGUGCACUGUGUCCAACGGAAAGAGCCAAAGAUGUUGGCUCCGUCAUAUAAUCAGCUGUGUCCAAUCACAGCUGAUCACAUCAGUGCCACCUGUCAGUGUCCAUCAGUGCCUGCUGUCAGUGCUCAUCCAUGCCACCUGCCGGUGCCCAUCAAUGCCACAUAUCAGUGCCUACCAGUGCACAUCAAUGCCACAUAUCAGUGCCCAUCUGAGCUGCCUUUCAAUGUCACCGCUCAGUGCAGUCAGUGCCACCUAUCAGUGCUGCCAAUCAGUGCAACCUAUCAGUGCCACCUAAUAGUGCCAGUCAGUGCCACCUAACAGUGCCAGUCAGUGCCGACUAUUAGUGCCGCCUAUCAGUGCCAUAUAUGAGUGCUGCCUUUCAGUGCCCAUCAGUGAUGCCUGUCAAUGCCCAUCAGUGCCACCUACCAGUGCCUCCACAUCAGUG